AUGUGUGUUCGCUCGCACCUCACAGGUGCCCAUGUGAGUUCGCUCGCACCUCACAGGUGCCCAUGUGAGUUCGCUCGCACCUCACAGGUGCCCAUGUGUGUUCGCUCGCACCUCACAGGGGCCAACAAGGAGCGCUUCUGCGCUUUGGGCAUCCGCUUUGAGAACACGGCCGGGCCGCAGAACCACCAGGCAGUGGCCAUGAGGGCCAGUGGUGACCGCUCCGCCUUCUUCGAGUGCGCCUUUGAGGCCAACCAGGACACGCUCUAUGUGGAUGCGGGCAGGCAGUACUACAAGGACUGCUACAUUGGCGGCACCAUCGACUUCAUCUUUGGCGAUGCAGCAGUGGCGAUAGACAAUCCCACCAUCGUGGUGCACAAGAGCAGCUCCUUCGCAACCAUCACGGCAUCGGGCCGAGAGAGCAACACGCCGACGGGAAUCGUGAUCCGCAACGCCAAGAUCUCAGUGGACUCUGGGGUUUCGGAGGUCUACCUGGGGCGGCCGUGGAAGGACUGUGCUCGCACCGUGUUUGUUGACAGCUACAUGCCUGCGGAGUUGGAGCGGGACGGGUGGAGCACGUGGGGGGACGACAGCAAGGGCAGCUGCGUCUACUAUGCAGAGAAGGGCAGCACGGGGCCGGGCUAUGCUGCCAGCAAGGCAGCAGAGCUCCACACACUCGGAUCCCCUUCGUCCUUCUCACCUCACCCCUUCCCCCCAAUUUUGAGGCGCCUCAAAAGUACGCUUACCACACACUCUCAUCCCUACUCCGUCCUUCUCACAUCGCCCCUUCCCUCCACCCUAUGCCACAGGAGCUCGAACGGGACGGGUGGAGCACGUGGGGGGGCGACAGCAAGGGCAGCUGCGCACCUCUAUGCAGAGAAGGGCAGCACGGGGCCGGGCAAUGCUGCCAGCCGGGCAUCGUGGGUGCACCCUGGGAUCAUCUCUGACGCCUCUCAGUUUGACCCCGAGCCGUUUGUUGACCUCAGCUCCUGGCUGGACGUCUCGGGGCAGAACCCGAAGUGGUGA